GUCGGAGGCUUCGAGGGAAAGCUUUCUACAACGUCAACGGGAAGGUGUACUGUGAGGAAGAUUUCCUGUACUCUGGUUUCCAGCAGACGGCGGAUAAGUGUUUUGUGUGCGGUCACCUCAUCAUGGAGAUGAUCCUGCAGGCACUGGGAAAGUCGUACCAUCCGGGUUGUUUCCGCUGUGUGGUUUGUAAAGAGGGUUUAGACGGAGUGCCUUUCACCGUGGACGUUGAGAACAACAUCUACUGUGUCAAAGACUACCACACGGUAUUUGCUCCCAAGUGUGCCUCCUGCAACCAGCCCAUCCUCCCAGCACAGGGCUCUGAGGAAACCAUUCGAGUCGUUUCUAUGGACAAGGACUACCAUGUGGAUUGUUACCACUGUGAGGACUGCGGUCUGCAGCUGAACGACGAGGAGGGGCACCGCUGCUACCCUCUUGAAACCCACCUGCUGUGCCACGGCUGCCACAUCCACCGGCUGCAGGCCCCUCCCCCGGCCCACCAGCCCCCCCCCAGCUACCCGUUGCACGUCACCGAGCUGUGAGGGGGGGGGAGGAAGGGGGAGGAGGACUGAGACCCCAGGUGAUCCCAAACUGAGACCCCGUUCUGCCUCCCAGGUGAUCCGACACUACAGGAAACGGCAGAUCCAGGGACGCCUCAGUGUGCCCGCCUGAGCGUCUGUCCUCCUGUCACAUGACGGGCUGGGAAAAAAGGGUCUCCCCCCCCCCCCCUUCCCCUUCCCCUUUGGGUGCCUAACCCUAAAACUUGCCGGCUCACCCAGAGACCCCCGGUGACCCCCCCCAAACAUUAAUCAAAAGGGAUUGGACGCAAAACUUGUCUCUCCCUUCCAAUGUUUUUUUUUCCGGGAGGCCACAUUCUCGUUCUGGAGGACAGGAAGGACCCCAGGGUGGGUUUGGGAUUGCUGUGCCUUCAGUGCAGCCCCCCCCCCCCCAAACACUGACAUGGAGUGCUGCUACUGGUUUAUGCAAAGGACAAAAAGCAGCGUCACGACACAGGGCCGCGAGAAACAGUCUGAACGCCUCGAAACACCAGACGUAGCCCCGGAGGAACGACUGACAUUCCACGAAGACCUCGAGAGAUUCACAAGCAGUGUCUUAAUUAAUGAUUAUAUUAUGACAGCAAGAGAAACGUUUUAGAUGCACAUAGAAUGUCUUUUAUAUAUGAAUAUAUAUUUUGCAGAUGUUUUCCACAUAAGGUCAUAGAUGUAGAUUCUCAUCUUUCUUUCUGUUGCUGAUUCAGAUCCAGAAGUCUGAGGAUUUGUGGGUCUCUUGUUUCAUUCCUCCUGCAGGAAACAACACCUCCUCAUGUCUGUCAGCGGGUUUACAGACUCAUUGGUUUUAGGAGCAGACGUGGCACAAAAAUAAUUUGCCUUUUUAAUUAUUUUUAUUCCACUUUGAGUUCCAAAUAUUUAGUUUUGGCGACAUAUUUGUUGUUUUGGACUUUAAUGACUAUACACCACUUUAACAAACUUAAAUUGAGACAUGUGUGCAUAUCCUAAAGUGCCAGAUACUAAAAAGUGAAUUAAAACGGAUUAUUCUGACUAUUUAACUGGACAGAUGUUUAUCAAUGUUGUAUUACAAUUGAUGCCAUUACUCAGUAAGUGUUCUACAUAGAGUCCCACCUGGUUAGCAUCUCCUUCACACGGACCCAAAUUAACCAAUAUGUUUUUACUUAUUCUCACACACAAAAAGGGAACAAUGCAUUUACUUAUCAUUAGACUUCUUUUCAGAUUUGCUCAUUCUGACCUCCUGUCAAGGUCGGCCACUUUUUUGCCAAGUUAUCACACAGAGCUGUAAGAUUAAGAUUUAAGCUUAAUCUUAGAAUCUGAGAGCUUAGCUAGAAAUGGGUCUUUAAAUGCGGAGAUUUAGGGCCUGUGGUGGCGGAGCACUAAAACACACUUAUGAGACAAAUAGGCAACAUGUAUGAAGAUCUGAACUUAGAAAUACUACAUAUUCUCUAUUUAUACUUUUAGAAUAUGCAGUAUUUUCCAAUCCUACUGUCAAAAGAUUCAGCUCUUUUGGUAAUAAAGCAGUCCAUGUACUCAAAGAGGAAUACAAAUACUUUAAUGAUUCUUUUGCAAAUCCCUUUUGCUCCAGGUGUGUUCAGGACACUGCCUCCUGGUUUGUUUUUCCAGACACUGUUUUUUUUGUCAUAUGAACACUGAGACGAGGAACCUCCACUUGUCCACAUGCCUUAAGACAGAACAGGUGUGUGUGUGCGUGUGUGUGUGUGUGUGUCGCUCUGGUUCCCCUGCAGUCUGCUGUUGACUUUAUGAGAGGACAUCCCUUAAAAGAAACGUGGAGCUGCUGGUCCACCCGCGUGUUUAGGUGUGUGUGUGUGUGUGUGUGUGUGUGUGUGUGUGUGUGUGUGUGUGUGUGUGUGUGUGUGUGUGUGUGUGUGUGUGUGUGUGUGUGUGUGUGUGUGUGUGUGUGUGUGUGUGUGUGUGUGUGUGUGUGUGUGUGUGUGUGUGUGUGUGUGUGUGUGUGUGUGUGUGUGUGUGUGUGUGUGUGUGUGUGUGUGAACACUUGAAACCCUGAGCUAGGACUGGGCAAUAUAUAAAGAUUAUCGAUAUUGUAAUACAUGUUCUUAGAUUGGAUGGAUAACGUGAUAACUUCCCUAUGGUUUGUAUCUUGCCAUUAUUCAGUCAUUAUGUCCACAUUACUGUUGAUUACAUUCGAAAAUAUCAUUUAAUAAAUGUAUGUUCUGGAAGCCCUAAUAGUCAACUCUACAAAAGUAUCGCUAUAUUGUUAUCAAAGUAUUUGGUGGGGCACGCGAGUGUGUUUCUCUUCCAUAUUGCAACAACAAGGCAAUUCAAAGUGCUGAGCAAUAAUUAGUGAAAGCAUUGAGACCAAGUGCAAGUCUUAAUAGAGUCAAGAAGACGAGCUUAAAAAGGCAGGCCUAAUAACAUGAAUGAAAGUUACAGUUCAUAGUAAGAUAUAAACUGUUAUUAUUCUGUCUAAGAUAUUAUCGAUUUUUCUUUAUAUUGCCCAAUCCUACUCUGAGCUACGGUGGUGCUGGUGAGAAUAAAACUGUCUCAUCCCUCGCUACUCAUAACUGUCAUCACAGAGUUUCUAUAUAUGUGUUUUUUGAAUUGGCUCCAACGGUUAAUUCCUCUUGAAUGGAUAGUGAAGCAAUUAAUGUCAGAUUCAAGACAUUUUAGGAAUGUCUUUUCAUGAGGAAAACUAUUCUUCUCUCACUUAAAUUGAGCAAGUCUUAUGCAGAUAAACCCCACCUGCUUGUUUCAUGUGCAAAAGUCUUAAGUGUGCAUGUACAGUACGAGUGUGUAUGAGUGUGAGUGUGUGUUAUGGCAGGCCAUUGCACACACACACACACACACUCACAGUGCUUGCAGCAUCCCACACAUGACCUUCUCCCAGAUGUUUGUGUGUAAUUCUCCGUGUUUGUUUGAACUUUACACCGUGUUUUGUCUCAGUAGCUGGUGUGUUUAUGAUCCUCUGACUGCCACCGACUGAGAUUCACACCAGAUAUCAAAAGCAAACACUGGCUCUUAAUUAUUAUUAUUAUUAUUAUGACUGUACACGCAGGUCUGAAUAAAUACUACUGAAUGUGUGAAAAACAGAGACUGAAGCAGAGGCUGAAGGCAGGAAGUGCUUUCUAGUGAGAUUCAUACGAAUGUAAUAAUGAUUAGUGUUGUAUAUUUGUAAAAGCAGGAAAGAAAAAUGACUGCAUAUGUGAGACAUUCCCUUUUUAUUAACCUCAAUGUUGUUUAAGGGUCAAGUAACGUGUGCUAUACUUGAAGAACGAGGCAUUUUUUCUGCACAUAUCAACCCCGAGGAAAACGUAACAAGAUCAGAGUGUAAACCCUUUAAUUCUUAAAAGUACUACUUGUGUUUAUUUUGCAUAGCACUCAGCUAGUCACCCUGUACAUAAAGAGGCUAGUUGUUUAUUUUUCUGUCAAACAUCACUUGGAAAAGAUUCUUCUCCUGCUGUAGUUCCAACAAGCACAUCUGUCACAUCUUCUGUAUUGCUUUUUGUUUUAGAUGGUUCAUAAAAAAAAGGAAACUAGAUCUAUUUAUCUAAACAUGGAAAAAGUCUAAAGUUAUUUAAUGUAUUAAAAAUCGGGACGUAUCAUUUAACUGUAGAUGACAUAAUCUGCUUUUUCAAUAAAGUGGUUUUGUAGCUAACUGCAA